CACUCUCUUCUCCUCUCCUUCUCUUUCCCCAAUUCCAAUUCCAUUUCCACCGCCGCGAAAAUGGAUCCAGUCUCGGAGUGGGGCAACACCCCUCUUUCCGUUGUCGACCCCGACAUCCACGACCUCAUCGAGAAGGAGAAGCGCCGCCAAUGCCGCGGCAUCGAGCUCAUCGCCUCCGAAAACUUCACCUCCUUCGCCGUCAUCGAAGCCCUAGGCAGCGCCCUCACCAACAAAUACUCCGAGGGCAUGCCCGGCAACCGCUACUACGGCGGCAACGAAUUCAUCGACCAGAUCGAAAACCUCACCCAAUCCCGCGCCCUAAUCGCCUACCGCCUCGACCCUGCCAAAUGGGGCGUCAAUGUCCAGCCCUACAGCGGCUCCCCUGCCAAUUUCGCCGCCUACACCGCCGUCCUCAACCCCCACGACCGCAUCAUGGGCCUCGAUCUCCCCUCCGGCGGCCACCUCACCCACGGCUACUACACCUCCGGCGGGAAGAAGAUCAGCGCCACCUCGAUCUACUUCGAGAGCUUGCCUUACAAGGUGGAUCCGAAGACGGGGUACAUUGAUUACGAUCGCCUCGAGGAGAAGGCGCUGGAUUUCAGGCCGAGGAUGAUCAUCUGCGGCGGGAGCGCGUAUCCUAGGGAUUGGGAUUAUAAGAGGUUUAGGGCAAUUGCUGAUAAGGUUGGGGCUCUGUUGCUGUGCGAUAUGGCGCAUAUUAGUGGACUCGUUGCUGCUCAGGAAGCGGCUGAUCCUUUCGAGUACUGCGACAUAGUAACAACUACCACGCACAAGAGCUUGAGGGGUCCUAGAGCUGGUAUGAUCUUCUACAGAAAGGGUCCCAAGCCAGCCAAAAAGGGCCAGCCGGAAGAUGCUGUAUAUGAAUUCGAGGACAAGAUCAACUUUGCAGUGUUUCCCUCUCUUCAGGGAGGACCACACAAUCAUCAGAUUGGUGCUCUUGCUGUGGCCUUGAAACAGGCGGCGACACCUGCCUUCAAGGCAUAUGCUAAGCAAGUUAAGGCCAAUGCAGUCGCUGUAGGCAACUAUCUCAUGAGCAAGGGAUACAAUCUUGUCACUGGUGGAACCGAGAACCACUUGGUUCUAUGGGAUCUUCGCCCUCUUGGAUUGACAGGUAACAAGGUUGAAAAGCUCUGCGACCUGUGCAACAUUACUGUUAACAAGAAUGCUGUGUUUGGUGACAGCAGUGCACUUUCCCCUGGAGGGGUUCGCAUAGGUACUCCUGCCAUGACCUCUAGAGGUUUGGUUGAGAAAGACUUUGAGCAGAUUGCUGAAUUCCUACAUAGGGCUGUGACCAUCACAUUGAAUAUCCAGAAGGAGCAUGGCAAGCUACUGAAGGACUUCAACAAGGGGCUUGUUAACAACAAAGAGAUCGAAGAACUCAAGGCCGAUGUUGAGAAAUUCUCAUCCUCAUUUGACAUGCCAGGGUUCAAGCUGUCUGAGAUGAAGUACAAGGACUAAGUCAAAGAACUGAUCAUCAUCAUCAUCAUCAUCAUCAUAUCUUCUUAUUAUCAGUUUCCACAAUUGUUUUAUAAUUAAAUUUUGGCUCUAUUCACCUGAUAUGCAGUUUGGUUGUAAGGAAUAAGUUAUGUAUCAACUAAGUGUUUCGGUUUUCUACUGCUAUAGGCUUUGAUGAAUUUUAUUGUGUUUUUUGAAAGUUGUAGCUGGUGAUGGAUGAUUGAAUACUAGCAGUAAUUUGUUUA